CACAAACUACCGCGAGAACCGCAUCACAGGUCGGUCGGUGAGAUCACAGUGAACUGAUCGAGCUGUGCAGGUGCGGAUAAGCCGCCUGUGGACGCCACGAGCCUCCGGGCCAGAUACAAGAGCCGGAAAAGAAAGCCCGAAACGCCACAGCAAAUUCUUGCCCCGCUUCCGCACACUCCUCUCGCAGCCAGCCAUGGCAUCAUCAGUGGGCUUCGGCACGGUCGCGCCGGCCGCGGCGUCGCCGGCCGGCCGGAGCCUGGGCCGCCGCGCGGCGCACCCGCCCACCGCGCGCACCGUCCCCGCCGCGACGAAGGCGGUCGCGGCUGCGGCGGCGAAGGCGGAGGAGAAGGGCCUGUUCGACGCCAUCUUCGGCGCGCUGUACAAGGAGGAGCAGCUGCUGGAGACGGACCCCAUCCUGAACAAGGUGGAGGGCAGGGCCCCCGCGCCGAGGAAAGCCGCCGGCAAGCCGGCGGCCGGGCAGAGCGGCGGCAGCGGCGGGUUCAGCCUCGGCGGGCUCUUCCCCAAGAAAGAGUGAAAGGCUCGCGAACACAGAUCAAAUCUGGUUCAGCCGUCUCCAUUGUAAUGCGCUUAUACCAUUGCUUAUACUAGCACCCUAAUAAGGGCACCAUCUUCAAUGCACCAGCGGAAGUUUUUUUCCCCCCACGCAGGUUCGCUGGUGGCUUUUGAUCACCAAGAUUAGCAAUUUUGUGCUCUGGAAGCAGGAUGUGGCUUAUGUAAAGUAACAUAUGCUAGUACAUCCAGUCUCAUCAUUAUGGUCGUCAGAGGCAUGGAUCCCCUGCAAACUCUUGCUUGCAAAAGUUAACCAGUUACAUAACUCCUUAUACUUGGUUCAUC